AUGGCCGACUCACGUUCGCGGUCUCCACGGCCUGAACGUCGGAGACGGAGUAGGUCCCCCGACUUCGAUAGAUCGAGACGCCCGCGCAAUCAGGGAGGUUUUCGCUGGAAGGACAAAAGACCGCGAGAUGACAGAAACCGCGAUGAUGAUCGUCGUUUAGAACGAGGCUACCGCGAACAAUACCGACCGCGGUCUCCCCGUCGUGACAGAAGCGGAGAUAGAUACGGAGACCGUGAGCGAGGCCGCGACACAAAUGCCCCAGUAAGACAUGACGAGAAAAGGGACGAGAAACUGGAUGGCAGCAAACCAAAGGCAGUGCCUAAGAAGGCCCCAGUAGUAGCAGCACCUGCCGAGGAGAUGAUUAUAGUCAAUGUCAACGAUCGUCUGGGUACAAAAGCUGCAAUUCCAUGCCUAGCCUCGGAUCCGAUCAAGCUUUUCAAGGCCCAGGUCGCCGCGCGAAUCGGACGUGAACCUCAUGAGAUUUUACUGAAGCGCCAAGGCGAAAGGCCGUUCAAGGACCAGCUUACUUUACAGGACUAUGGUGUUUCGAAUGGUGUACAACUUGACCUGGAAGUCGACACCGGCGAUUGA